GUUCUGCAUGGAGUACUGACAGCUCAGGGAGAACAAGCAGCUGGCUGGUUCUUCGAAACCUCACACCCCAGAUUGAUGGUUCCACACUGCGGACACUGUGUUUGCAACAUGGCCCUCUAAUAACAUUCCACUUGAACCUGACGCAAGGGAAUGCUGUGGUCCGAUACAGUUCCAAGGAAGAAGCAGCCAAGGCCCAAAAGUCUCUGCAUAUGUGUGUCCUGGGAAACACUACCAUCCUGGCCGAGUUCGCUGGUGAAGAAGAAGUCAACCGUUUCUUAGCACAAGGCCAGCCCCUGCCGCCCACCUCCAGCUGGCAGUCCAACACUGGAACCAACCAGACUCGCCUGGGCUCCUCGAGCAGCUCUCACGGCUUGGUGCGCAACGACGCCGGCCACUGGAACACUCCCUGCCUGGGGGGCAAGGGGAGCAGCGACCUGCUCUGGGGGGGGGUGCCUCAGUACUCCAGCAGCCUUUGGGGACCCCCGAGCACCGACGACGGCAGAGUUAUCGGAAGCCCGACACCUUUGAAUACUCUUCUUCCGGGUGAUCUUCUCAGUGGGGAGUCCAUCUAGGAAACAAGAGAAACAACAUGGAAAUAACAAUCAUCAGCACUAAAGGAAAAAAUAAAAAUUGUGACCCUUUCCAGUCCCGGGCUUGAUGAAGAAUCCAGCUUUAACAGAUCAGACUGGCAGCCCUUUUUAGUACCUCUGUCCAAUAUCAAAUAUGAAACUGCAGAAGUCCUUGUGAACUGUUCAUGAAACAGUAUGGGCUACUUUUGGUCAGUGUCACAUGCUAACGACAGGUUUUAAUUUUUUCAUGGCUUUUUGUUUUAUGUUGUCUUUUUAUGUUUGUAUGGUGAUUUUAAAAACAAAGUAUAAAAGCUGCUUAGAAUAGGUCUAUCAUGAAGGGCACUUUUCAGAAUUUGGGCUGGAAAGGGUUAUUUUAUCAGCUGGGGGGG